CUCCCUUUGUGCUUUCUGGAAUCGUGGGACAGUUUGCAUGAUCCCAGUGCCUGUGAAGAUACGCUUAAGCACAGCAGAGUAAAGAGUACAUGCAGACUGGACAAAAAAAGUCAAGUCAGGGACUGAUGUACACUGGAAGAAGAUAUCCACAAGAGAAAAAUAAUGGGGUUUCUGUUCUUUAGUUCUGCUAUUUUUCUCAUGUCUUCUGUGCUCUUUGGAUUUUCUUCAGUCCUAAGCCAGGACCUGAGAGAAAGAGAUGCAUUUUGUAAUGCAGAAGGCUGCUUUGUGAUUUACUUUGAAAGUAAAAUCUUCCUAGACUCAUGGAGGUCCUGCAAAGACAAAGGUGGAAAUUUGGCUACCAUCAAGCGCAAAGAGGAGGCCAACGCUAUUGCCACACUUUUCUCCACUGUGGACUUGCGGUCGUCACGUACCAAGGUCAAAGUGUGGAUUGGCUUGCAACGUCAACCUCGUCAGUGCAACUCAAAUUCACUAAGGGGUUUCUCUUGGACAACAGGCGAUCAAGACACAGAAUAUACCAACUGGCAAACAGAGGACUCUCCUGAUAUGUGUUUGGUAUCUCUCUGUGUGUCUUUUGACUACAACACACUACAACACAGUGAUAACUUCAAAUGGAUUCAUGGUUCAUGCUCUAUCCCUGCUGAUGGAUAUCUUUGCCACUUUGCUUACAACGGAAUGUGUUUGCCGUUGUCAAGUGAGGGUUCAGGAGUUGUCCUUUAUACAACACCUUUUAACCUAAUGAGCACAACCCUAACCCAUCUACCAGUCGGAUCUGUUGCUAAUUUACGAUGCCUCACAAAUGCCAAUCAGAAAGUUCAAUGUGUAAAGGGGACAAAGGAUGGUUCAGUAGGGUGGUCUCCUGAACCGCUAUUUUGCUCAAAUCCCUCAAUUACAUUCCAGUUGUGUGAGCAGGGUAAUGGUGGAUGUGAACAUUUCUGCACACAAGUCGGUGGUCAGAUGUCCUGUGGCUGUGCAAAGGGUUUUCGUCUCAGAUAUGACGGACAGACCUGUGAGCCUGACUUUUGUCAAGAAGACCCCUGUGAGUUUGAGUGCUUGCCUCUUUCAGACAGCUACCGCUGUGCCUGCCCUGAUGGAUACAUGCUUGCCCAAGAUGAACAUGCUUGUCUAGAUGUAGAUGAGUGUCUUCAGUCUCCUUGUGAGCAGAGAUGUACAAAUUCACCAGGGACAUUUGAAUGUCAGUGUCUGGAGGGUUAUUUCAUCAAUGAAACAGAGGAAUGUGAGGACAUAGAUGAGUGCUCGGAUAACGUAUGCCAACAUGCUUGUGAAAACAUUCUAGGCUCCUAUACCUGCCACUGUCAUCUGGGUUAUACAGUUGAUAGAGAAAACCCCACAAAAUGCCUAGAUGAUGAUGAGUGUCAGAUUCCUGGGACAUGCGAGCAAAUGUGUGUGAAUUAUAUGGGUGGUUUUCAGUGCUUCUGUAAGUAUGGCUAUGAACUUUCGUCUGAUCAGUCAACAUGUCAGAAAAUAGGGGACAAUCAGGUUGGAUCUACCAUUCCUCCCUUUCCUCAUGUUGGACAUAUUGAGCCAACCACCGAUCACUGGCCAGGAAAUCAGGAGCAACCUCUGGACUGGCUGACCAAUCCAUCAACAGCCUCCAAACCUGAGGAAAUGUGGGAUACCAGUGUCUCACUGGACGAACCCAGGACUAGCUGGGACGACUUGUAUGGAGAUUAUGAACAGGAAACUACAGGAACUAUACCAUUCCUUUCCACAUCUACAGUCUCAGAGGGAGCUUGGAAUUGGUGGCCAUCGUUUUCUACUUCCACUCAAAGUUUGGACAAUCCACAUACAGAUUCAGACGUAAAAAAAGAAGCAGAGCAGGAAAAGUUCUCUCCCCAUGAUUACCCCCAGCUCCCUGGGCAGGAGUCUGUAAAGGAGGAAAAGAAUUAUGAGGAAAUUACACACUCUCAAGACCUUGCUGUUCCCACACCGAAGCCACUCCCCCCAUUCCUGAAUGGGGGUGGUGGAAGUGGGGACAACCUGGAUUCUGUCCAAGACGACAGGGAGCAUAAACAGAGCAACACUGGGCUCCUGGUUGGCCUGCUGGUGCCCAUCUGCAUCUUCAUCGUGGUGAUGGUGGCAUUGGGUAUUUUCUACUGCACUCAUUGUGGCGUGAAGCCAAGAAACAAGAAUGCCACCGAGUGCUACCACUGGAUAUCUGGUGCACAUGACAAACAGGGGGCACCCGGGCCCUCAGGGGACAAGGCCACCGUUUAGAUCAUGAAGACAGAAACUGAGAUUUAAACUGAGAGACAGUUUUAGUCAUAGACAAUGAAAAACCAAGUGGGCAACAUUUUAAGUGCAGUAAUAUCUGUGACUGUGGAAAUGAAAACUUUUUGAUUGUAUUGCUGUGCUUAAAGACAUAUGGUAAAGUAACAAAAAAAUUGACA